UAGUCUGGGAAUAUUGCAGGGUUUAACAAGGAUGUUACGGAGGUUAGGGGGACGACGAAAGGCAACUCUGGGUGGUGUGGGGAGAAUUUUGUCAAGGGAUGAUCUCAUUUCAGGGGUUGACUUGAGAAAGUCAUAUCCCUGGCGGAGUAAUUUAUUGAUGUAUUCGAGGCCAGGAUAAUAUUGGGUGACAAGAGGGAUGCUUCUGUGUGGUCUGAGGGUAGGAAUAUUGUUGUUGGACGGGGAGGAAUGUAUUGCUCGGGAGAUCUGUUUGUGGACAAGAUCUGCAGGAUAGUUGCGGGAGAGGAAAGCACUGGUCAGGUUAUUGGUGUAAUUGUUGAGGGAUUCGUCACUGGAGCAGAUACGUUUGCCACGAAUACCUAGGCUGUAGGGAAGGGAGCGUUUGAUGUGGAAUGGAUGGCAGCUAUCAAAGUGAAGGUACUGUUGUUUGUUGGUGGGUUUGAUAUGGACAGAGGUGUGGAUGUGAGCUUCAACAAGAUGAAGGUCAACAUCCAGGAAGGUGGCUUGGGUUUUGGAGAAGGACCAGGUGUUCAGAUUCGAAAAGGAGUUAAGGUUAUGGAGGAAAUUAAGGAGUGUUUCUUCACCAUGAGUCCAGACCACAAAGAUGUCAUCUAUAAACCUAUACCAGGCCAGGGGAAGCAGCUGUUGGGUCUUCAGGAAAGCCUCCUCCAUGCGGCCCAUGAAGAGGUUGGCAUAGGACGGAGCCAUCCUGGUUCCCAUGGCAGUUCCCCUGAUUUGUUUGUAGGUCUGGCCUUCAAAAGUGAAGUAAUUAUGGGUGAGGAUGAAGUUGGUAAGUGUGAUAAGGAACGAGGUUUUUGGAAGAUCUUCGGGUGGGCGUUGGGAGUGGUAGUGCUCAAGGGCAGAGAGACCAUGGGUGUGUGGGAUGUUUGUGUAAAGGGAUGUAGCAUCUAUGGCGACAAGAAAGGUUUCAGGUGGGAGAGGAGUGGGAAUGUAUUUGAGGCGUUCUAGGAAGUGGUUUGUGUCCUUGAUGUUGGAUGGGAGUCUGCGGGUGAUAGGUUGGAGGUGUUGGUCUACCAGAGCUGAGAUACGUUCUGUUGGGGCUUUGAAGGCUGCUACAAUGGGACGGCCAGGAUGGUUCUCUUUGUGGAUUUUGGGUAAUAGGUAGAAGGUAGGAGUACGUGGCUCAGGUGGAGUGAGGCCUUGUGAGGGACCUUGGAUUUUUAGGAUUUUCUGCAGCUCAGUCUGGACGGAGGGAAUGGGAUCCUGGGUAACAGCUU